AUGCCUGCAAUGUCCUUGGAAGCGAUCACGAAUAUCGCGCGAGAGUUCGGCCACAAACCAGCAGUUGUAACUGCCUUCGCUACACUUGGCGGCAUUUGGAGCGUAUAUCUUCUUAACAAUAUCAGAUAUUUUGCGUAUCACCACUUUCUUCGACCUACGUCCCUGGGUAAGUAUAAGAAGAGCCCUUCUCCGGCUUGGGCUCUUGUCACCGGGGCAAGCGACGGUAUCGGCAAAGGGUUCGCCGAGGAGCUUUGCUCUCGUGGCUUCAAUGUUGUUCUACACGGACGGAACAAAGCAAAGCUGCAAGCCGUGAAGGACGAAUUACUUGAGCAAUGGCCUCAGGUUGAAAUCAAAGUGCUGGUUCUUGAGGCCGUGGAGACUGCACGCAAUCUCGAUGCACUCGAGGAGUCUGUACGCUGGGUCGCAAAUCUCAAUCUCAAGGUUCUUAUCAACAAUAUCGGAGAGGAUACUAGCAUGUUGGUUGACCUCAACGCAAUGUUCCCGACGCAAGUAACACGCGUAUUACUGCCAACCCUGAUCAGAAACCAGCCUGCGCUGAUCCUGAGCAUCGGCAGCAUUUGUGGCGAAGUUCCUAGUCUCUAUGCAAGCGCGUAUGCUGGUGCCAAGGCUUACAACAAAGCCUGGUCUCGGUCCCUUUCUCUUGAAAUGAAAGCUGAAGGUCGUGAUAUCGAAGUCAUUGACAUUUUGGUUGGAGAGGUCUCAUCUGGGAGUCAACCACAAGAGCUGAGCCUGUUCACUCCCAGCUCAAGGCGCAUGGCCAAAGACAGUCUUGGCAAGGUCGGCUGUGGUGCGGAUGUCAUCUGGGGUUAUUGGCCACAUCAUUUACAGUUUGGGUUGAUCUUAAGCCUCCCGAGAGCGAUCAUGGAGAACACGAUAAAGGGAAUGGUGUUAGAGGAGAAGGCCAAAGAGGGGACAGAGAGAAAAAGCACUUGA